AUGGAUUCCAUCGACUUUUCGGAACCGGCGUGGCUGAUCAACUAUUAUCGAUUCAUUGGAACUACGUCACUGAUUUUGAACUCGUUUGGGGUUUACCUUAUUAUCUUUAAGACAGGGAGACUGGAGAAUUUUAGAUAUUACUUGAUGUUUACACAGAUAGCUUGCACACUGACCGAUCUCCUUUUCACAUUCCUCAUGCAACCUAUUCCACUAUACCCUUUAUUUAGUUUUUCUACAGUUGGAGCACUGCCUUCCUAUCUUAAUGUAUCGUCUCAUUUUUGUGUGACCAUCUCCUUUUUUGUUGCACUAUGCCAACUGGAAAGCUUGGUUGUUUGUUUUGUUGAGAAGCACCAAACAAUCGCUGUAAUUCUCAAAAAACAUGUGAUACCCAGACCCUUGCUUAUUUUUGGAUACUUGAAAAAUGUCGUAGCCCCAAUAACACUAGUGGCAUGUAUGCAGUAUAUUCAUCUGAGUACUGAUUACCAAUUACGAUAUAUUGAAGACACCUAUCCCAAACUUUUAGAUGAUUUUAAAAAGCUAACGCAUUUUGUAUUAUACUUGAAUACUUCCGAUCAGCUGUGGUUUUAUAUAUGUCUGGUUAUUGGAGGAUUUGGGAUGUUAGUGACUUUUCUGUUAUUCGUUGCUGAUAUUCUGAAUUUGAUGAAAACUUUACAACUUCGAUUAUCUUCAUCCACAUUUCGAAAACACGAGGAAGCUGUUCAAAGCUUACUGGUACAAGUCUUCACAUCAAUGUUGUGUCUGGGACCUCCUUGUGUUAUUGCGGUUAUGUUCAUCAUCGAGGUUAAACAUGGACAGCUGAUAUCUAUGAUUCUGAUAGCGUGGUUUACAAGCCAUUCAUCUGUCAACAUGAUAUUUUUAUGUAUAUUUUUUCCACCGUUCAGGAAAUUUUUUGAGAGAAAGAUUACAAGCUUCUGCAAAAUGUCGUGCUCUGAAGGUCUUCUGAAUUUUUUAUCUUCUCCAAAUACUCUAUUUUUGAUAUGCCACGUCAUCGCAGCUUCAGAACUCCCUAUUCAUAUCCUUGGAACGUACUGUAUAGUUGCAAAAACUUCUGAAAGAAUGAAAAAUAUCAAAACUAAUAUGCUUAUCAAACAUUUUUCUACAAUUUUUAUGAGUUUAUCUAUGAGUUUUUUCAUUAUCCCGUUCAUGAUGCUUCCUGCACUUGCUGGAGUCCCACUGGGCCAACUUUCCAAACUACAUGUGCCAACAUCAAUUCAAAUGUAUAUUGCAGUUACUGGACACAACCGGUACACAUUAUUGGGUGAAAAAAAUGGAUGGCGAAAAAUUAGAUUCCUUUACAUUGUAUUGAAUUAUUUGUCGGCUCUGACGGUUUUUGUGUAUCCCAUGAGCCAAAUUCGAGAUCAAGAAGGGGCUAGGAAAGAUCUCAUUCAGUUCCCCAUGUUUCUUACAACUAUUAGGUUCAUAUACAACUUCAAUAUUUGUUAUAACAAGGUUCCCAAUGACAACUGGUUCCCAAUGACAAUGUAUAUUGCAGUUACUGGACACGCAUCUCUCGGUGCUCCCGUUGGCGUUUUUACUUUUUCAAUGUUGUUUGAUGGUUAUGACCAGGCAAUUAAUAAUUUAUGUAUCAUUGGUUUAUCCUGGAAUGGAAUGAUAUCCACUGUUUCGAUGAUAUUUUUACAUCAACCUUAUCGAGAAUUUCUGAUUGGAGUUAUCACUAUGAAAAAUAAAGUUGGGAAGUGCCCUGACAGAAGUAUUGCCCCAUUUUGA